UCAGCUCCCUUCCACCGCCAUAUUGGGCAACUAAAAAAAAGGGAGGGGGGGUUCGUGCUUUCAGGGUGUUUUUCUACCCCUCAUCCCUUGUCCCCACUCACUCGCGGCUCUGGGACUCGCGCGGCGGCAAGGUUUGGAGAGGGGCUGCGUUCGCGCGACCCACGGGCUCGCCCCAGCCUACACUCGGACUGUUCGCCACCUCCUCUUGCCUCCUCCCCCUCCCUUCCCCGCCCUCCAGUACACUUGAUCACUGAGCCUCGAGCUGCGCGGCCGGGGCGUCCCUGCGCUCUCUCCCCCAGACCUGCGCGCUCCUGAGGUUCGAGCGGUCGCUCGCCUGUCUCUGCUCCACUUAACUCCCCGGGUGCAAUCGCAGAACUUCGAAGAGGAGUUCGCGCUGCGGCCGGGGCGUUUCGCUUUUGUUCGGUUUUGUUGUUUAUUUCAUUUUAUUAUUUUUUUCUUGGAGUGCGCGAGCCGAGGCAGUGGUCCACACCCGCCCGGGAAGGAAGAUGUCAAACGUACGAGUAUCUAACGGGAGCCCGAGCCUGGAGAGGAUGGACGCCAGACAAGCGGAGCACCCCAAGCCCUCCGCCUGCAGAAACCUCUUCGGCCCGGUCAAUCACGAAGAGCUAACCCGGGACUUGGAGAAGCACUGCCGAGACAUGGAAGAAGCGAGUCAGCGCAAGUGGAAUUUCGACUUUCAGAAUCACAAGCCCCUGGAAGGCAGAUACGAGUGGCAAGAGGUGGAGAAGGGCAGUUUGCCCGAGUUCUACUACAGACCCCCGCGCCCCCCUAAGAGCGCCUGCAAGGUGCCGGCGCAGGAGAGCCAGGAUGUCAGCGGGAGCCGCCAGCCUGUGCCUUUAAUUGCGUCUCAGGCAAACUCUGAGAACCGGCAUUUGGUGGACCAAAUGCCUGACCCGUCAGACAGUCCAGCGGGGUUAGCGGAGCAGUGCCCAGGGAUGAGGAAGCGACCUGCCGCAGACGAUUCUUCUUCGCAAAACAAAAGGGCCAACAGAACAGAAGAAAAUGUUUCAGACGGUUCCCUGAACGCUGCUGGCACUGUGGAGCAGACGCCCAAGAAGCCCGGCCUCCGAAGACACCAGACGUAAACAGCUCCGAAUUAAGAAUAUUUCCUUGUUUAUUAGAUACAUCACUGCUUUAUGAAGCAAGGAAGACAUACAUGAAAAAAUUUAAAUACAUAUCGCUGACUCCAUGGAAUGGACAUCCUGUAUAAGCACUGAGAAAGCAACAACAUAAUAACACUAAAAAAUUUAGGCACUCUUAAACCAUCUGCCUCUAAAAGCAUUGGAUGUAGCAUUGCGCAAUUAGGUUUUUCCUUAUUUGCUUCAUUGUACUACCUGUGUAUAUAGUUUUUAUCUUUUACUAUGUAGCACAUAAACAUUAGGGA